GUCCUCUUUUCCGUGUCUCCUCUGCCCAGCCUCCGGGUGUUUUCGUUUGUUUGAUUUUUGUUUUGCUCUGCCCCGGACCUGUGUCCGUCGGCCUCCACCCCGCCUCCCUUUGCUUCUUCCCUCCCGGUUUCCUCCUCUCUUCCAUCCGCAUCCCCCACCCUGUGCUCUGUUGCCACCACCCCGCCCUCUUCUGCCAGGGAGCAUCCCUACCCGUGAGCUCCCUGCCCCAUGUCUUUGAGCCACUGCCUUUGUCCUGGAAAGGCAACCAUGAGUUCUAGCCACCCUGAACCAGGUGCCCGGGAACCCCAAAGUCCCCGCCCACAGCUUCUGUCCCAGAGUUCUUCCAGCUUGCUGUGUGAAGGCCAGGAGCAGAGGCCAGAGCUGCGCAGGAGUGCCAGCAGCACUGUAUGGCAGGCACAGCCAGGUGAGGCCAGCACUAGUCCCCGGACCCUGGAGGAAGAGGGGUGCCAGACUGAGAGCAUGGAGCAAGCGCAGACCUCGAGCCUUCGGUCACAGGCUGGUGCUGGAGGCCACUGGAGAAGCAGCACCGUUGGCAAUGUGUCUACCAUGGGCAUCGGAGACCUGUGUCGCCUCCGGGCCCCAAGUGCGGUAGCUGUGCAGAGGAGCCACUCAGACUUAGUCCAUAGUACCCAGACCCGGGGUCAUGGCAGUGCUCAGAAGGCCAGCCUCAGCUGUUCUGCCCUUGGCGGCUCACCUGUCCAGAGGGCUCAGCUGCAGCCUGGAAGUGUUACCGGUCAAGAAGGCCAGACCCCUGCAGGCCCGCAAAGUGACCUGGCUUCAGAGGACGGGACUUCUAAAUCAGCCUGCGUGUUGGGGGAGAGUCAGGUGUUAGUGCCAACUGUGAAACUGGAAGGUCCAACUGGUCUCAUCAGCAGUCCCCAGGGUGGACCCAAAGCUACUGGACAGCUGUCUACCACUUCCUGCCAUGCUCUGCCCCCAGCAGCCCUGCUCUGCACUGUGAGGGAGGCUGCAGUUGGCAGUUGCUGCCAUGCCCUGCCUGCCACAGGCAUCCUGGCCUUUCCCAAAUUGGUGGCAUCAGUGAGUGAGUCUGGGUUGCAGGCUCAGUGUGGGAUGAAAUUCCACUGUAAGAUGCCUGGGGGCAUCUCUGGGCACCCUCACUGCUGUGUCCACCCUUGGGCGCCUACAGGGCUAGCCACAGAGUCUGGCUCCAGGACCAAAGAUGUGUGGACCAUGACCUCAGCCACUGACUUGGCCUUGGGUGUGGCAUCAGCCCAGGAUGCUGGGGUUCAGGUAGCUCCAGUGGCAGCCUGCAAGGCUGUGGCUACCAGCCCAUCCCUGGAAGCACCUGAGACUCUGAACAUAUUCCCAGAGGUAAUGCUGGGGUCCGGCCUUCAACAGGCCUCAUCCCCCGUGAGGGAAGUGCGAUGGGAUGCUGAGGGCAUGACAUGGGAGGUAUAUGGAGCCUCAGUGGAUCCUGAGGUGCUUGGCAUUGCCAUCCAGAAGCACCUGGAGAUGCAGUUUGAACAGCUGCAGCAGGCACCAGCCAGUGAGGACAGCCUAUCUGCAGAGGGCCGCAGGGGCCCUCUGCGGGCUGUCAUGCAGUCGCUGAGGCACCCCAGCUGCUGUGGCUGCUCUGGAGCUGCUCCCGAAUGAGGAAUUGUGACCCUGAAGCUGCCCCUGACUCUAGACUUGGUCCUAUGCCAGUGACAGUCACAGCGGAGACUCUGUCACCAGAAGCCACCCUCUCACUUGAACAUCAGCCUUGGGCUUGCCGUUCCAUGCAGCUGGGCUGUUUUUUAAGGGCUUGAUUCCCAAGAGCCACAUCUCCAUUCUGGGCUCUGGACUUGGGGACAGGGUUUUUGCAUUGCACAUCAGCAAAAUCCUGAUUUCUUUCCUGUAAAAGUACUUAACCGUUUGUUUAGUCUGUCCUCAGAACUUUGCUGUUACUCCCCCAGGACUCUUGGUGGUUUUAUUUUAAUAGCAUUGCUAGGAAGUAAUGAAUUGUGACGUUACGCAGGAGGUCCAGGUGGCGGGGAUUGUCUUGGUUCUUAGAGAAGUGACAUUGCUGGAGGCCUCCUGCCUGCCAUAUCCUGUGCUCAUCACCUACCUUGUUGAGGUUUCACCCCUUUUCAGAUGUCACAGCAGAAGUCUGGCAAGGAUCUAGCUGAUGAGCUCUGAGGUAGACAGUUCGGUAUAGUAUGGAAGGUUUAGAGCUGGGGCUAGCUGAGCCCUGGUGCUGGCCUGAGACAUAUACCUGGGCCAGCUCAGUGUAGCUGGCGACAGGAAGGACUAAUUGAAUGCAUAAUCUCUGCCAGGUUCUGAGAGUCUGUGAGGAAUGAGACACGGUCACUGCCCAUGGAGUGCAGGGACCAGAGCAUUACAGAAGGGCUGUGUGUAUAUCACUUGGAGGGGGGUUGCAAAAGCCUGCCCCUGCAGGUCACUGUAUCAGGCCCCCUGCCUCAGGAAGUGGAGACCAGGUGGCCACCUGUCCCCAAAUGUGUUGCAGUACUUGAAAGGGGUGCCUUCCUCACCCCACUCCAUUGACUUUUAUCCUAGCUGGUACAGUUCUUCUGGGAGGGAGCUGGCCAGGGGGCCUGGCCUUGGGGUUCCCACCACAUAGGAAAUGGCUAGAGAUGAGAGGCUCUCCAUGUCAGGGUUAGAAAUGGCUUGUGUUAGAAAUGGCCUAGCAUGGGCUAGGCAGUAGGGGCCAUGAUUUGGGUGGGGAGAGGGGGCACAGCCUUAGCUGCCUGAUUUUAUUACCCAAGGGCUUCUCAAGGCCCAGGAGGAUUGGGGUAGUCUGUUGAAGAUCCUAGGCUCCUGGAGUAGAGCCCCUCCGGUCAUACACGUGAGAUAGCUCUGGGGUUAGGUAGAAUCAGGGCCUCUGGUUUGGCCAUGUUCCUGUAGGGCUGGAGCUCUAAUAAAUUGUGCAAGGGGGCGGGGCUGAGGCCACUCCUGGGACCCUGGGGCCUGAAAGAUGGCUUAUCUGCCCCAUCUGCAAGGUCCUGGUGCUCACUGAAGCAGGGAAAACUCUGCAUCGUGGCUUAUGGUUUGGAGGAGGAAUGGCAUGCCAGUGGGUCAAAGAAACAGGCAAGAUAGGCUGGCUUUCUGGGUGAGGAACAUCAGUCUUACUGGUACCUUGCCUUUCCCAGGGAGCAAGUGCACCCUUAAAGUCCUGGGCAUGUGUGAAUAUUGUGUGAUACAAGGCAGGUACUUCGUGCGCUGGGGUAUGGCAUAUGGUCACCUCGUCUCCUUCACACAUGGGUACCAGCAGCCCAGCCUCGGAGCCUGAAUGGGAGUGAGUGGAUAGCUUUGGGGACCUGGGGGCAAUGCCACCUUCACACAGGGCCACAGCUGAGAAGCUAUUGACACAGAGGGCCUGGGCAGGUGGGUGACGUGGAGACAGGUUGGAGAUGUCUGUUCUGCUGAAAUAUGGUGAGCCACUGUUGUGGGUACCAUUGGUGUUCAUCAGCUGGGAGGCUGGCUGACAGGAUCUCCAGAAGGUGGGCGAAGAUUCCCACACCCGUGUGUAUAGUCUGUUCAGUGAAAAGAAGUCAAGAAGCCUGAGAUCCUUUCAUCUGGGGCAGGAGGACAGUGAGGUCCCUUUCUGGGACAAGCGAGGGUGGGUGGGCAGGCUCCGGAGGUCCACAUGAAGGGAAACAUACCAGGGCUUGCCUAUUGAUAGUGAGACCUAUUGCACCAAGACCUUCUCCUCUGCCACAUGCAGCUAGCUCUCAAGUUCAUUGUUGGGCAGAUUGUGCCAACCUGCAAUUCCUGUGCUGUACCUGGUACCCAGAUGAAAGCCAGGGUGGGCCCACUGUGGUCAGGACAGACCAGCCAGCCACCCACUUCAUCCUGAUCUGAUAUCAGCUUCAUCCUGACUGAUAAACAUCUGUAUGAUGGUGCUAGAACCCAGCCCAGCCUGUGUGUUGUUUGGAACCCCUGGAACCCCCACUAGCUCAGCUGUACAGCGCCUGUUCCCAGGUCUGCCUGUGGCGCCUGUUGACUUAAUUUCUGAACUGGACCCCUUCUUAGUCCCUUAUGGGCCCCCUCCUGGGUAAGGCCUGAUUUGGGUACUGGACCAGGGGCUGUUGAACAUGGUCACUGGCUUUCCUUAUAGACUUCUGCUCUUGGACUCUUGAUUUCUGGCUGGACAUUUGGGGUCCCCCUUGGAGGUGGUGGACUCACUGUCUAUGUUUGUCUGCUUUUGAAUUAAAAAUAAAUACAAGUUGAGAGAUCAGAGCUUUGCCAAGCUUUGGCAGAACUGGGGCAUUGGGCAUGCCGAGUCUUGUUUCCUGUGUUCUGGUGAAUUCUGUCCUGAGGCAGAAACCCCAGAAUUCAAGGGCUCUGUGUCCUGGUAGGUUUCCUCUCUGUCUUCUGGGGCUACCCCCUUCUGUCUAAUUAUUCUCCUUCUGAGGCACCUUGGGCCUUGGACAGCUGAAGCCUGGCUUCCCGGGGCUUUCCACCCCUAGGACUGCCUUCCUGUGGGUAGCACACAAGGAGUAUAGGCCUUAUCUGGUUCCAGGCUGCAUCACUCUCUCAGGGAACCACUUCAAAUGUUGGCUCUUUACCUGCUGGUGGUCACAGUACUGGGGAGGGUGGGGAGUAGAGAAGGACCCUCUUCCACUAUGACAUCACCUGUCCCAGUCUCUGUCCCCUGGAUAUGUUAGGUUAUUAUUUGACAGUGGCUGAAGUGGGCCCUCCCCAUGUAGGUCCUAAUAAUUUGGGCUUGGGGUGGGCCACCAUAGCCUAGGGGUUUAGAGCUGGGGAUUGGACUCUGGAUUCACACUGAUGUUCAUAAAAUCUUGGUCAAGGCACCAGCCCUGGAGACCUGAGACUUCUUCAGCUCUACAGUGGUGUGGUAGCAGGAGCUCAUGUUUGGCUUGUGGGAAUGGAGCUGCAUAACCUGGGCUCCAGUUAGUGCUGGGCUCACGCUGGUGUUGCCCAGGGUUUCAUGGCUGCAGGAUGGGGCUACUAGCUCUUUGCUGCUGGCCUGGCUGCUCCUGUAGCUUACAUCCCAUUCCUUGAACUUUCCUCCUUCAGAGCCUCAUCCCAGGUUCUUCACCCCCGGUUUUGUGCUCUGUAUAGGACAUGUGCCUUCUGGCUGCGGAGCCUCUGAAAUCGGUUCCAAGAGCCACACAGAGAAGGAGAUCGCUCCCUGCCGAUCUGUUGAGGUGAGGAGAAUAAGGUAGGGAAGGACAGAAGCCAAGCAAGGAUGCAACCUGAGGCCAGCCUAGACCCACAGCAGAGCUCUGGGUCUCCCAGGGUGGACAGUAGACCCCGGGGUGCUUUAGCUCCUGGGUAUGCAGCUAGGAAGCUCCAGGAGCCUUGAGGUAGUCCUCUGCAUGGAGCCCUAAGGUCUGUCCCAAAGGGAGUGAGUGCUGUGUACUCACAGGUAUGUGCAUUUGUGCCUGCAUCUGCCCAUCACCCAGUCCAUACCGCCUGUGGUCCACAGACCGCCCAGGCCUUUCCUCUGGAUACAAUUAAAAACAGUUCACCUGUGCUGCCAGGUGACCUUGAUUGAAGGUGAAGCUUGGCGUCUCUCCAUGUUGAGUUCUCAUUUGUCAUUUGGCCUGGCCCAGUUUUAUCAUCUGAAGCUAUGACCAGUCCUUUAUGAGUUCUCAUCCAACGUGUCAGGCUGGGUAGGGCCACUGUGGUGUCUAAAGCAUGGCACUGGAUUACUCUAUUGUCAUCAUGGUCCCCAGCACCCCUCCCCCACAAUCCUCGCAAACAUCGUGGGGGAGUCAUGCAAGGCCAAUUUGUUAAAAUCAGCAUCACCUAAGUCCAGUCCCAGGACCCUCCCCUUCAACAAAGAAGGAGGCUGGGGUGUGGGGGGGUGGUGGUGGGGAGGACACCACUCAGCAGGGCUGCCUUCUCCUGCUUCACCUGCUUCUGUUUGACACACUGUUGGAGAUCAGCGAGCUAAGAUUUAGACUCCAUCUUCUUGUCCUUUGGGGAACAGAGGCCAGCUCCACUCUCAGCCUUGGCACACCCGCUUAGCCUCCUAAAAACUGUUCCUGGCACAUGGGGCUUAACCUCCUAGUUUCCUGGAAGGUGACAUCGAGGGUCAGCAAGGAACCUCCUGAAUAUCUGUUCUUUAGAAACCUCGGUGAGCCCUACAGUUGGCUCACCUGCUUUGGAGGGAGUCCCUAGAAGGACCCGAGAACCAUGUUGACUUGUAGGAUUGGGAGAACAUAGGAUUUGUGCCGGGUCUGUGGUCACAGAGCUGUAAGGGCACCUGGAAACCUUGAACUUGUUAAAAAACCAAGACAAACCAAAGUGUCGCAGGCAGAUUGGAUUGGGGCAGCUGGGCAGUGUCCGACUCUUUCUGCAAGAACUGGGCACAUGUCACCUUUGCUAUCCUUGAGCCGUGACUCUGCAGGAUUCACGCUGAGUCAUGGGCCACCCUCCCCCACGCUGCCAGCCAGAGACAGUGCAGCAAGAAGGCAGGUCUGGGUCCUGAAACAUGAGCUCUCCAAACAGAUAUCCUAAAACUCACUUCUGUGGCUUCACUUUAUUAGAAGGGAAUGUGAAUUGGGGGCUCAAAGCUUAGACUGUGAAGUGUGUUCCCUUUUACAGGUACCCACAGACUUGCCUAGUCUGCCUUGGCCUGGGAUGGUUCAUUUCACAGCGUCUUUCUGGAGAAUAACCCUGGCGUGCCCUUUUUGCACACGUGUCUCUGCAGCCCAGGGCAAGGUGGCCUCCUACCCUCUUCCCCUCCACGUUCUUUCUCCAGCGUCUCUUCCCUUUUCUGUCUCAAUUCCUCUUGUCCCUAGAACACUUUGUCUCUCCACUGUCCCAAUAUCCCUGUCCCUGGAGCUUCCUUCAGUUUAUGUCAGGGGCCUGUCCUGCCUUGGCUCUGUCACCCCAAACCUCAGUCUUUCUCUUCCUAUGAUCUGGAGCAUUUCCCCUAGGCCAAGGCUUGGUCUGGGUCUCAGUGUCCUUGAUUUUGGGGGCUAAGCCCUUCUCCUCUACCUGUUUUGUUUCUUUCUGGACACACACUAAAGGGCUGUGUUUACAAAACGCUUUCCGAGCAGACCCUUAGACAGGGAGGCCUCACUGGGGUCCCUCUGCUGGCUUCCCAUUGCUUUGGAAAUUGCUUGUCAGUGGUCCUGCUGGGUGAAUGCAAGGACGCCAGGCUGACUAGAGGGGCAUCCCAGGAGUUCUCGGUUUGCUGGGCACACUUGCUGGCGUGAGGUGGGUCGUCUCUUCCUUUGAAUGCUCAGAAUCUUGCUCUGCUUGAUAGGUUUGGAUGUGGUUUGAGCCUCCUUGGGGGUGGGCCUAGCAACACUGUCUUAUCCUUGUGUCUUUCCUGUGUGGAACUGGACUCCUAUCCAGGAAGUCAAGUCUAGAGACUGGGUCAGAAGAUUUCUGACUUUGACGCCAUGUGCCUACAUCUCCCUUCUAGACCUGAGUAGGGCAGAAGUAAGGAGCCUCUGUCGGGCCGGAACUUUCUACUUGCUCCCCCAGAGCUAAACUGGGAUGCUGGAGCCCAGGGGCAAAGAGAGAAUGGUCUUCUCACCUCGUGCCCCUUCUGUCCUCACUGGAGCUGUCUGUCUGUCCCCUGUUCCUGCUUUUCUUCGCUCAGUUUUAAAGGAAGGUCUGAGAAGACAGUGGGCAUGGGUGACAUUUUGUAUGCAUGCUUCCUGGAUGCUUUACUUUGAAGAGUUUCUGCAUUUCUUAUCAUAGAACUGGAGGUAUGAGGGAGGGAAAAGGUUUCUUGUGUAGGUUUCCGUUCCUAAACUCACCGUGCAUGGCUUCUUUUUCUUGAGGCGGACACUCCUCUGGGCAGGGCAGCAGCUAGGAAUGUGGUCACAGAUCAUUGGCCUGGGAAUAGCGCAGAGCAUUGCUGAGGCCCACGUCAGCAAGGACAGCCAUGCUUUAACAGAGAUUUUACCGUUUAUUUUUUCAUUAGUUUGGGCUUUAAGAUAUUACAUUAAGACAUUAUUUGUCUUAACUACAAAAUCUUCUGGCAUGCCUGUACAGUUGGUUCCUAGCCACUGCCUGAUUUCCUGGGCCAGGCUCUUGAGUCCCCUGCUGCUCUGGAACCGGGGCUGAGAGCAGAAGCUCUUUCCAGUACACACUGUCAGCAGGGUGACCAGAUGCCCCCUAGUGGGAAGGUGGGGCACAGCAUGGGAGCCACGUCCUGGGUGGGGAGUGGGAGCAGUGAUGUAUCAACAGUGUCCAGUUUGACGGUGAAGGGUGGAGCUGCAGGGUUGGUGGAUGGCCAUCUGGGCAGGCAGUCUCUUCACUGCUGAGUCCAUUUCUGACACUUAACCCCGUAACACUCCCUUCCUGUGGGGGCUCCGGUCGAUCUGGACCACAGUAAGGGGAUCCAGAGAAGACAGGGAAGGCAGAGCCAGGGCAGCAGCGUAAGGCACUGUCCGAAGGAUCACCCAUUCUCCCUGAACCUUCCACUCCGUAUGGACUCCGUGGGUGAGGGGCUGAGUGGGAACCCGUCCCUCCCACCUAACCCACGUGGUUGUGUAGAUCUAACGUCGGCUUACCUUCGCCUCUCAACUCACCCAGAGCCUCAAAUGUGCUUGGCUGUCUCACCCAAGAUGGUCUCCCCAGGCCCGAGGAAAGGGUGUGGACGGUCAGGGCUCCCCUUGAUCUGGGCAGAGGAAGGGGAAUAGGAAUAGGGUGGACGUGAAAGUGAGCCACCACAGGGGGUGACUGGAAGAGACAGACUGGGCCUAAAGCUCCUUGUGGGGAGGCAGCAUCUCUACCUGGAGCCCCAGGCUGGCUGGGGAUCAAAGUGUAGUGGGAGUCUAGAGGUGCUAGAGAGCGCAGCUGCUCACAGAUGGUGGGUGAGAGGACAGGGGGAUUUCACCAAGGAAGUGCGGAUGAUGGGUAUGCAUGGGAAUGAAGAGUAGGAUGUGAGCAGCUGCCCCGGCUUCCCUUCCGGAGUGUGGGGCAAGCGCUCCUCCCUCUCCGUGUUCACAUGGCGGCUCUGGGGUGCCGUCUUAGGCUCUCCUGACUUCGAGUAACUGAAUUGUGAAAUGAAAGUUACCAGAAUGGUUAGAAUGCUUCCUCCCCACUUAGGAAUCCAGGAGGUCUCUGGUUCCAGGCUUGGUUCUGUGGUUCAACACAGAUAUCAAGGAGUCAAGUUCUUUCCGGCUAUCUGCUCUGUCAUCUUUAGGGUCUUAGUGAGGGCUGACCUCGUGGUCACAUGAUAGCUGCUGCACCUCCGGGCAUCAUAUCCUCAUCCAAAUCUGCCACAAGAAGAUAUUGGCACACAUAUUAAAAGAUUGAAAAUUGGGUUUUUUAGUCUGGUUCAUAAAAUAAUUUAAAAAUGGCCCCUGGAGGAAAUUCGAGGGUGGUUUUACUGGAAUUUGUGAGGAGGGUGGAAAGCCGGCAGGCAAGCUAUGUGUAUGAGCUGUUGCCAGAAGGAAGGAGAUGGAGAAGAUGAAGACAGGGAGAGAAACCCACACCGGCUGAUUAGACCAGCUCCAGUCUGCUGCGGAGGUCAGUAAGUGCAGCUCCAGAAAAAGAGGGAGACAUCCCAGAGUGUCUGGGAACUCAUACCCAGGCUUUGGCCAGUAUCUGAAAGAAAAAGAAAUAGAUGACAAGGAGGAGUUCCGUUUUUACGAGUAACUCAGAAAAGCAAGCAGGUUCUGCAGAGACAUUCCGAGAGCAUUUGCAGCUUGGGCGGGUUCUGGGAGGAACAAGGGCAUCAUCUCAUUCAAGGGGUAACUUUAGCCUCUCACCUUAGCAUGUCUUCAGGUAAACCAAACUUGGGAAGGGAAGUUGGGGGGUCGUCCUGGCCAGGUGAUUGACAGGCCAGCUGCAUUAACCCUCAGAAGGGGGCAAUAGUAGAGAAUGCUUGUCUCCUGUCUCCUGACCUGGUAACCAGUGGUCUCUUUAUGACAUCUGUGGUUUUGAAUGUCGUCUAGUGGGACUCGUGUGGCAGGCAGCCUUUUCAGACUGGCUUCUGUCACCUUCCUCUGUGUCUUCAUGGCUUGUGUAGGAAGCCACAUCUAAGUCUUCACCGCUUGUGAGUAAGAAUGCCAUGUUGAGGCCACACAAGCUUGUGGCAGCUCCUCCCUUUCAUGGAUACUGGUACCCUACUGAGACAUUACCGGGGAGUCCUUAGCUAAAGGACUUCUAGUGCCAGACUCUCUCACCUGGGAAGUGAGUUUACACUGAAGGGGGUACUGGUUGACCACAUAUCCUGCUCCCCACCCUCUCCCCUACCUCUUGCCUGGGCAUCAGAAAGCCUGGCUGCAGACUCCUGCUGUGAAACCUUCCCUAGCCUCAGACACGAACUCUGGAACUCUCACGUUUGGUUUGCCGUGUGGGCUCUGCGCCCUCUCUUCAGAGACCCUGCCAUGCUGUCUGUCUCAUGUGCUGGCCUGAGCUCUCCUUGGAGCCUCCACCAUGGCUAUUGCCUCUCUGUCUGUCUGUCCAUAACGUUAGUAACUUUCAUCAUAAACUCUGUAUUCCCCGCUAAUAUGUCUCAGUGUCCUUGAACCCCCUCUGAAGCCGUUCAGUUUGUUCACUUCCUUUUAGUGCUGAGCAGUAUUUUAUUGUAUGGCUGCACCAAAGUCUGUCUGUCCUGCUGAAGGACAUCUUGUUUGCUAUGUUUGGGAUUCAUAAAUAAGGCUUCUACAAACCUCGUCAUACGGAUGCGACAGAAGUCCAGUUCGGUUGGGUGAAUUCUUAGGAGCAUGAUUCCGGAUUGAGUGGUAAGACGGGACUCUAGGAACUCCCAGUUCAAAGCCAUCUCUCCCAGCGGCCACCCAAAUUUGUGUUCCCACUAGCAAAUAGGAGAGGUUUGUUUCUCACCUUUUUAUCUUUAGCUAUUACACAAGCUGAAGUAUCACUGUGUACAAAAUUUCGUGGGUGUGUGUGAGACUACCUGUAGAGUAACUUUUUCAUCCAAUGGUACAUCAGCAGAUUACUUUUCAAAAAGAAUUUUAUCCACAAUGCCUGAAAAUGCCCAUUUUCACACCCAUGUUUGACUGCGUCCUACCAAACUUCAGUAUUUUGGCAAUUUGACAAGUGAAAAAAAGGGUAUUUCCCACAAGGCUUUCACUACGAGCGAGUGACGUAGUGUUCUGUCCGACUGCCUGGGUGAGAUUCUUUCUCUGGUGACUUUCAAGAUGUGUAAUGUUGGGUAAGUUACUGAAUGUCUCUGGGCUUCAGUCCCUCCACCUAUAAAGUGAAUUAAGCAGCGGUCCUUGCCAUGUUAAUUGGACUUGAAGGCUCAAAGGUAUCCAUCAUGCUAAUGCUAACACCACCCCUGUCUCUAAAUAUGUGGUAAGUUAAUGAAUAUUAUUAUGUAAUAUUUUUGUGACAGUUUGGGUUUCUUGGCUUAUGAUCUGGCAGUUCAUAUCGAUUCCUUAUUUUCUCUGGAUUUUUCUUUUGCAUAUUAAUUGACUGGAGCUCUUUGUGUCUUAAUAAAUUUCAUAUAUACGUCA